UGAAAUCACCAAACCCAUCAGUGCGGACCCGACGAAGCGGGAUAUUGUGACCAUGUAUCAUUCGUCUUUUAAAUAUUGGUGAAUAUCAAUCUCUGAUCAAAUCAUCAAUGGCCACCAAGUGUACUCUUGGAUAUGUACGGAUAUUAAAGGCAAAUGAACCAGAUUCAACAAAAAAGAAGUUGGUCAAUCUCCAAAUAUACAAGAUGAAGGCGAAGCUCUUGUGUGAAGACGUAUUUGUGUCUUACAACACCUCUGCCGACGACCCAAUUGCCGAACGGGAUGCAACAACUCCGGGGUAUACUUUCGAAGAUUGCUCCGGCAACACCCAAGAUCUAAUCUCCAAGAUCACGAAAUCCGCGCGACAGAUUCGCCUUGUCAUAAUUGACUACGCCGGCUUGUCAAUCAACCCGGAUGAUAUCAAGCUCUUCAUUUCAUUGAAUAAGCACAUCCGAGAAGUGAUCGUGGAUAUUGGUCACAGGGUGGAAGUCUAUUCCCGACAUGACUUGCUUGAAAACCCCAAGAUUCUGGAAAAAUUUCGGUGUCGUAGUGCGUGCGUGAAACGGUCGCGAUAAUCGUUGCAGUAGCCGUAAUACCAUAAAAGCAUGAAAGCACGCUAGUCACUACAUCAACCAGCAAAUAAAAAAAAAUUACUACCUAUAUCAUAUUUGUCUACUCAUCCUUAUUCUCAAUACCAUUUUCAUCUAAAAGUAGGACAUUUCCCACAGAUCCAGUGAAAAGCCAGGACUAGGAAGCCCACUUUACACAGCGACUUAUC